AUGAAGGUAAAACCGCUGCCUGGUCACCCCCAGCCUGACUCUGACCAUCGUUGCUGCGGGGGGGGGGGGGGCGACCCUGUUCUGAAGGAACCAGAACAGUUGAGGAAACUGCUUAUUGGUGGUCUGAGCUUUGAAACCACAGAUGAUAGCUUAAGAGAACAUUUUUUUAAAAUAUCUACACUUGCAGACUGUGUGGUAAUGAGAGAUCCCCAAACAAAACGUUCCAGGGGCUUUGGUUUCAUGAGCCACUCUUGUGCUGAGGAGGUGGAUGCUGCAGUGUGUGCUCGGCCACACAAGGUUGAUGGACAGGUGGUGAAACCAAAGAGAACCAUUUCUAGAGAGGACUCUGUAAAGCCUGGUGACCUUUUAACAGUGAAGAAAAUCUUUGUUGUUGGUAUUAAAGAGGAUACAGAAGAGUAUAACCUGAGAGAUUAUUUUGAAAAAUAUGGCAAGAUUGAAGCCAUAGAAGUUAUGGAAGCCAGGCAGAGUGGGGAAAAGAGAGGGUUUGCUUUUGUGACUUUUGAUGAUCACGACACAGUUGAUAAAAUUGUUGUUCAGAAACACCACACUAUUAAUGAGCAUAAUUGUGAAUUGAAAAAGGCCCUUUCUAAACAAGAGAUGCAGUCUGCUGGAUCACAGAGAGCUCAUGGAGGUGGAUCUGACAAUUUUAUGGCUCGUGGAGGGGACUUUGGAGGUGGUGGAGGUAAUUUUGGUCGUGGUGGAAACUUUGGUGGAAGAGGAGGCUAUGAUGGUGGAGGUGGUGGCAGCAGAGGUAGUUAUGGAGGUGGUGAUGGUGGAUGGAAUGGAUUUGGAGGUGAUGGUGGCAGCUAUGGUGGUGGCAGCUAUGGUGGUGGUGGACCAGGCUGUGGAAACCAAGGUGGUGGACAUGGUGGUGGUGGAGGAGGAUACAACGAUUACAAUGAAGGAGGAAAUUUUGGUGGGGGUAACUACGGUGGUGGGAACUAUAAUGACUUUGGAAAUUGUAGUGGACAAGAGCAAUCAAAUUAUGGACCCAUGAUAGAGAGCAGUUUUGGUGGAAGAAGCUCAGUCAGUCCCUAUGGUGGUGGCUAUGGAUCUGGUGGUGGAAAUGGUGGAUAUGGUAGCAGACGAAGGUGCAGCUACUGA